UGUGGUCACUGACGUAAUGAUGGUUGCCUGUCUCUAAUGGCAGAACAACAAUUUGCGAGUGAAAAACUUUCUCCAACUUCUCUAGAUUCAAAACGAAGUCAGCACAGCGGCUCCCCAUUGUUUUGAUUAGCUUUUUUUUUAUAGUAUAUAUUUUUUACAAAUGUUUCGUUAUUGAUGGAUCCACGAUAUGACAGACAACGGAGGGCUGGUGGCGGGGGCUCUUCCAACUCGUCCCCAGCUUUGGGUUCUCAGUCGCGCCGCAGAAAGAUCCCCCCAAGACCCGCUGAUUUUAAACUACAAAUAAUCAUUAUCGGCUCCCGCGGUGUUGGCAAAACCAGCCUAAUGGAAAGAUUCACAGACGACACUUUCUGUGAAGCGUGCAAGUCCACCGUAGGAGUCGACUUUAAAAUCAAGACCGUGGAUCUGAGAGGAAAGAAGAUCAGGCUGCAGAUCUGGGACACGGCUGGCCAGGAGAGGUUCAACAGCAUCACAUCGGCCUACUACAGAGGGGCCAAGGGGAUAGUGCUGGUCUAUGACAUCACCAAGCAGGAGACCUUUGAAGACCUGCCCAAAUGGAUGAAAAUGAUAGAUAAGUACGCCUCAGAGGAAGCAGAGCUCCUCCUGGUGGGGAACAAGCUGGACUGUGAGACGGACCGUAUCGUCACCAAACAGCAGGCCGAGAGGUUUGCCUCUCGGAUAAGUGGCAUGCGCUUUUGUGAAGCCAGCGCCAAAGAUAACUUCAAUGUGGACGAGAUCUUCCUGAAGCUGGUGGAUGACAUUCUUAGUAAGAUGCCUCUGGAAAUGCCAAGCAGGGAGCUUUCCAACAGUAUCCUGUCUCUGCAGCCUGAGCCGGAAGUGCCUCCAGAGCUUCCGCCGCCACGCAUGCGCUGCUGCUGAGGGGCCAGACGGCACCCCCAAACUCGCCCCUCCCCACUUCCAACCCCGCAUCACUACAAAUAAAUCGUGGGAAUGCAGUGUACCACUCUGGCCACCAGAUGGCAGCACACGACUGCCACCUGGACGUCUGAAGCGUUUCUCAUAGUACAUAAAUCCUCUCCCACCUGCCCUCCCUCCAUUGCCCUCACUACCGCAAUAUUCUAACAAUACACUCUAACAGGUUUCUAAAACACACUCACUAAUGCCUUCUUCAGAACUUGUGUUUCACCUGCUUCCACCAAGCAGCGCCUCCGUGGUGGUCGUCCCCGUGAGUUCCCCAGACUACCUCAGGGCUCCAGGGAGGGGAACCCCUCGCUCUGAGAGGGGGUCAGUCGUUACAUUCUCUGUGGUCUUCUGAUGUUGUUUUUUGUAGCAGUAAGGGGGGGGGGGUAAGACUUCCUCGUGCUACACUCUUGUGUCCGACGUGCCCAGGAACAACCACCCCUGGCCGCCCUUCUGUCUCCACUGUGCACCCGCUGGGGAAAAAGGGAUAGAUACAAAGCACACUUUAUAACCAUUUAAUAAGGACAAUUCUAGGCCUCGGUACAACUGCUUUGUUUUGGAGUAAAACUUGUGUUCGUACCAACGAAGACUCAGAACGAUGCACAAAAUGGAAAAGCACAUACGUUUUGUAGUUGAAAAUUAGAUCGAUGGUGUAAAUAUGAUGAGAUAUUACUAGCGGGCUCCUUCAAUAACUGGACUCUUUAAUAUGACGAGGUGCAGGAUUUUAAUGCUAAUAUAUGCAUGGCCUUCAGUAAGAUAGUAUUUUUUGUGUGUUAUGCUUUUCUUUUUCCCUCAUUUGGAACCGAUUGCCUUAAAGUAUUUUAUGGAAUGGCUUGAGUUCCAUUGUUACUAAUUGUGAUGUUUUGCACUACAGUCUCUUUCAGCUAGCUGACAUUUCAAAAUGGUCGAAUAAGGAAGUCCAUUUCUGAUAAGUAGUAAAGCACAUGGCCAAGUAAGUCGCCUAAUCCCCUCCUUGUUGAAGGUAAUGGCAAAGCAAGGACAGCUGGGUGAUGUAGUCUCCAGGAAAGAUUGUGUUUUUUUUUAAACAACCUAAAACAAACAAAAGCAGUGCCUGUUUUUUUCCCUGCUUCUUACUAAUAUUUUUUACGCAAAAAAGGGGACAUUUCGAGAUGCAAGAGAGCCUUUUCUGUAUUUUUGAGUGACUCAGGAACGUUUGAUCAUAAAUGAUCAUUGUUUUGGAUCGUCAAGUGGCUCCUAAAUUGUACCAACACAUGCAUCUCAUCGCGGGAAGGCCAUGUGGUAGGAUACGGAGAGAAUAUCUUAAGAAAGAGUUUGAAGGUAUGCUUUAGUUUGGACCAGAGAGAGGAGCUCUUUCUCAUACAUCCUUUGUAUCCUCAUCAAUAUUGGUCCAUGAAGAUGGUUUGAGUUUGUGAGCCAUGCUAACCUUGAAAUAAUUCUCAAGAAUUAUUGCUAACCCUAUGGCAAUGUAUUAGGCAUUAUUCAAUUGUGUUUAACUGAAUGCGUAGCGUGCCCUGCAGUAUUCUAUUCUUAUGAUUUUAAGAAUAGGUAUUUUGUUUAGUUGAUACAGUGCCCUCAUUUGUUUUUGUUCAAGACCUCAUGGUCAACCCUCCCCAAGUAUAAAGAUGAGGAAAGUGCUUUGCUUUGGGUAUGCUCAGAUUAUCCUGCUGUGCUGAAUAGUUCCCUUACGUCCCCAGAAUGUUCCCGUCAGGGUGGAUAAAGCCUGUGUUAUAUGUCAUGUAACAUUAUCAUUUUAAAUUUAGGGUAAAAGGCCAAGUUGACGAAUAGACCCCAAUCAACCGAGGAGUCAUGCCAAGACAAACACAGGUGUCCCUCGUGACAUUAACUAUGGAUCUGCUCCUUUUAUGACCGAGGCCACGGGUAGUAGGACUAAACUAGUGGCGAUGACACCCAUGACCCUGGACCCUUUUAACAGAGCGGAGAUAGCGUUGUAAACAAAGGUGUAGCCCACAACAUUAGCAUUGGAUAGAUGGGCAGGUGUGUGAUGUAUAUGUGCCAAAGCACCAGCAAUGGCAAAUGUGUUAUCGUCACUCGUUCAAUCUACUACCCGUACCCUCGAUUUAUUUGAACAUGGGCCUACCGGCUUUUUGUCAAACUGUCCUUAAAAUGUUCAACAUAAGCUUGUUAUGUCACACAAUAAGCAGUAUUAUCCGAGCUAUAUUUUGCUCCAUUCAUUUUUGAAAAAAGAUUUGGACCACACAAUCUAUCUAGGAUGGUCACAUGAGUAGACAGAUAAGUGUUUUAAAGUGAAAACUACUUGCACUCCAUGGAACACAGUAACACCCAUUCUAAGAUAACGACUUUGGGGAUAAUAUAUAUAUAUAUAUAUAUAUAUAUAUAUAUAUAUAUAUAUAUAUAUAUAUAUAUAUAUAUAUAUUUUAACAUGUUUCAUUUACAAUAAGUCCCCUACUUGUAUUAAAGAUGUUACCUUUUUUUUAACUAAUGGCAAGUUUGAAAAUAUGUGGUGUUAACUUGUUGCAUUCUUUAAACUAAUGCAGUGGAAAUAAAAAAAUAUGUAUAUUU